CACAACACACACGGCAACCAUUCGCAUCCAACUUGGAACCUUUCUCCAUCACCUCUCUCCCCACCCUUCCCCCAAUCUAUCCCCAAUACCAACUCUAAGAAGAAAAAGAGAAGAAAUGCCCCAACCCAACCGCAUAAUCCCCCCGGUCCACGUCCGCCGCCAUCCAGGCACAGCCGGAGCGGGAGUCGGAGCCCCAGGCUCAGGCUCAGGCGUAUCUCCAAACCCGCGCAAACCGCUCUCCGUGCAUGAUAUCCGUCAGACAAAGGAGUAUAAAACCGCUGCGAGGAAAUGGCUAUCCACGAUCGUCGCGUUGCCUGUUUUGUUGUAUACUUCUUAUAUUCUUUAUGAGCGGGUGGUUGGGAAUCAGAGGCCGAAGAGGUUGGUUGGGGAGCAGGGGCAGCAGCAGAAGGGGGAGCAGCAGGGGGAGCGAGGGGAGCAGUAGUGGGGAUGUUCUGGGUUUGAGUCUGGGUUGGGUUUGAGUCUAUCUCUAGGGAUUGUGAGGGGAUAGUCUGUUCUGUUUAUUGUGUUUGUUACUUCGGUUGUUGGGGUUAUGGUGUCUUGUCUGUGUCUGUGUCUGUUUCUGUAUGAGUAUGGUUGAGUAUGUGUAUGAGUGUGUAUGAGUAUG